AUGUCCAGAAAAGCUCAAGUCCCCAAAAGAAAGAAUGAUGCCCAAUGGCAUCGUCUCAAAAUCGGAGAUGACAAAGACCAAAAUUACCGAGAUGCCGUGACUAUGAUUCUGAUGGGAAUUAACAACGAUCUCAGCGUCGACGGUCUAAAUCUUCGACUAAGAGAGGCUCGUGAAGAUGUCAACAAUGCCAUUCACGAAGAGAUAGAUCAGAUGCCACAUGGCAUUCCACGUCUACAUCGGCCUACUGCUGUCAAAAACCUAUAUGACAUUUUCAGAGAUCAGCGUACUACGUGGCCGGUGGCUAACAGGGAAGACUUGCUCCUGGAUGGUGAGGAUGAGGACUCUGGCGAGGAAGCGGAGGGACAAGAGGAGGAUGAUGAGGAGGCACCGGGAGCCGAAGCAGACCCUGAUGACGAUUCAGAGGACGAAAAUGAUGAGCCAGUGAGGAAACCGUAUCUUCAAGAAGCAGAUUCUGGAGUGCAAGAACAUCAUUCUACACCGAAAUCCGCAUCCUCAUCCUCAUCCGAAGAACAGCCAGAACAAGAUAAAUUCCUAGAAAGCGACGAAGACCUAGAACCAUUCGACUACCAAUCACAAUACGUCGUAUACAACGCCCAAGUAGAUAUCAUCAAAGCCGGCGAUCGCUGUGGUAGUCCAAGCUGGACAGUGAAUCUAUCACAUUUCCUCGAGCGCCCCGAGCUCGAGUGCCAGCAAACUCCAGACCAGAAAUGGAUUAAUAUUGAAUAUGUCCGAUUUCAAUACAUCGAGAAAGCGCUUCAGAAAAUGAAGUUGCUUGAUAAUCCCGGUAGCAGCAUCUGGUGGAGCUGGCAGGAGCGCGACAAUCUAGAUUGGGAUACAACAAACUCAACAAAGGGCCAGGUUCGCUUGAAUAAUGGUUGGGAUUUGGGAAGGGCUAUCUGGAGGAGUUUUGAGGGGCAUUUCGAGGAUUUUAGGGGUCCUAGACCCGCGGGGGAGAUUGAUUCGCUUCCUAGGGAUCAUGAUCUUCCUCUUUUUACGUUGAUUGUCCGAGAGAGUGGGCCAGAUUUUGGAGUUCCUUUGGGCAAUGUUCCUGAGCUUGAGGGGAUGUUUGAUAAGGAAAAGAGUGAUACCGAAACACUCUUUGCUAAAAGUGAUGUUCAAACUCUCUCUAAGAGUGAUAUUGAAAGUGAUUAUCUUGUUACGCGCCUUUGGAAGUAUAUUAGUUCUAGUCAGACGACUAGUGCUGAGAAGCGUCCUAGAGAUGAAUCCGAUGAAAGCCAGCCUAGUGGGAAGAGAAGGAAGAUGGCCGCUCCUUGGGAACUCUAG